AUCACACUGGAUAGAUAUCCCAUCGCUUAGCUAUGGCUGCGGAGACAGAGCAGUGAGAGUGAAGGUUUUUUUAUAACAUGUUGGUCGGCUGAUGUACAGCGAGAUAGCGAGCUGCUCCUGGAUCCGCUCAUCGAAGUUUGGGUUUAAGAAGUUUACCGUUCCAGCGCUACGGUUAGCAUUUAACAUUAUCACGGGGCUGUCUGCUACCUGACACAUCCCCGUACAGCAAACAUGGUGUCCUGGAUCAUCUCGAGAACGGUUGUGCUGUUUUUUGGGACUCUGUAUCCUGCAUACUACUCUUACAAAGCUGUCAAGACCAAAAAUGUCAAGGAAUAUGUGCGAUGGAUGAUGUACUGGAUCGUGUUUGCCCUCUACACGGUGGUGGAGACCAUCACUGACCUCACACUGGCAUGGUUUCCCCUGUACUAUGAGCUGAAGAUAGCCUUUGUGAUCUGGCUGCUGUCCCCCUACACCAGAGGAGCAAGUCUCAUUUACAGGAAGUGUCUGCACCCUCUGCUGUCCUCCAGAGAGAGGGAAAUAGAUGAGUAUAUUGUGCAGGCCAGAGAGAGGAGCUAUGAGACCAUGGUCAACUUUGGCAAGCAGGGACUGAGCAUCGCAGCCACCGCCGCUGUCACUGCAGCUGUCAAGGGUCAGGGGGCCAUCACAGAGAAGCUGCGUAGCCUGAGUAUGCACGACCUCACACAGAUAAGCCAGCAGGACGACGGAGGAGGAAACCAGCUCUACCAGUACAGCUCCCGUUCAGCCAACCCCGCCAUCAGAAGAUCUCAGAGCACUGACGCCGGCGACGGAGCUGAUUACUGUUAUGACCAGGAGGAUGAUGAAGAGGCCGAGCCAACGUUCUCUGAAGACGAAGCAGUGACUCAGAAAGGACUGAGACGAUCGCAGAGUGUCAAGAUCACACGAUCCAGAGUCCGCAAAGAUGCUCGUUAUGGAUCCCUGAAGAUCAAAGGCAAGAAGAGGCCAGCGCUGAGCUCUGUUAACUAUGGCAUGUGAACAGAGUACAGCAGACUCACACUCACAAACACAGACAUACACACAGCAGCGCAGUCUGCUGAUUGGUGGAUGGUAUUCCUGCUCUUCUCAGUCUGACUUUUCACUCAGCUGAGUUCGUUUAUCUCCUUUAUGAUGAGCUUUCUUCUGACAUAUUUAUUACUUAAUUCAUUCAAAAGCAGUGACUCUUGAAGAAGCUCCACUCUGAGGACUUCAGUCUUUUUCGUUGGGUUGAUGAUGACGUACAUGAUGUUUUUUGCAUGGACUUGUGUGUGUUUCAUGUGUUUAUUAGAACAGUAGUUUUUAGGUGUGAUGUUAUGUCUGUGUAGUCUUUUAGAUUUUAGAUACAUCAGUAAACUUGAGUCUUUUCAUUUAAUUUCAUACAAAUUUUGUGGUGCCACCUUCUAAUGCGGCAUCCUUUAUAAAGACUUCCUAAACUGCAAAUAAUGGUUCAACUAAAUCAUUUACUAAUGCUUUUUAGUAUAGUUAUGAGCCAUUAAUAAGAACAACUUUGGGUUCCUGGGUGUGAAUCCUUCAGCCAGUGUUUAUCUUCCUCUAACACUUAAUUUUUUUCUAGCUCUGUAGGUUUGUCAGGAAGAGUCUCCUAAUAUUUGUACCAAAACAGGUCUCAUUAUUUUACUAGUUAUCAAUUGCAACUGCUGAUUAUCAGAGAGUGGGACCCUGCAGCCCUUAUUAAAGCUGCAUUCAUUUACAUUUUGCCACUUGGGGGCAGCACAGCAAGCUAUAAAGGCAGAGCUAUCUUUUCUUUAAGUUGUUGUGGUGAACAUGUUGCUUAUGUACACAGAAUAUAAAUCCAGUAUUCAUCCUCCUUAUAGCUCACAUUACACAUGCUGGUGUCUGCGCAGUAGGGAUCUCCGCCAUAGGGGAGUUCCCGCCAAAUCACCCGUCCGACCAAUCACAAGCAGCCCAAAUGAAUGUGAGCGCAUAGAUUGGCUGUCACAGCUGUCAGUCAUGGCAGAAAAAUCCCCUUUUUGUAGAAAUCAAUAUCUCAUUAAAACCAAACU